AUGAUCAUUUUGACUGGUGCCAAUAUGGGCGGCAAAAGUACCUAUCUCCGGUCGGCGGCUCUUUGUGUUCUGAUGGCUCAAAUCGGUUGGUUUCGUAGAUUUUGUCUUCUUCUUUUUUUGAAUUCAAAAUAAGUUCAUGAGAAAUAACAAAAUAAAAAGAUAAUUUGUUUCCAGUUACAGAUAUAUGCUCAGAGGUUGCAAAAGUAGGAAAGUUUCAAAAUUUACUUUCGAAAUGUGUUUUCGACUAGAGUUUUUUUAAAUGACGAAAAAUUUCUUUUUUUUUCGGAUCACAUGGGUAUGGCAAUUAUCCCAAAAAUUUAAAAAAUGAGCUUGAUCGAAGGCUAUGUUUAAUAUACUUCUGGCGCAAUUUUACAACGAAAAAUGAAACCAUUUUCUGACUGCCAAAUCCCUUCGUAAUGAUUCAGUAAAUUUCUUUUUCUCGAUAAUAUUUUCUAACUGAAAUCUUUAGAAAAAGCGGAGGUAAGUCAAAAGCUCGUCGGAUUUUGUCAGAAACGAAAAUUUUCUCCAAAAUCAAAAGUUUUCUGAAGUGUAAAAUGAAACAUGAUUUGUUGUUGGGAUCAGAGAGACAUUUGAAGGUUCGUUCGUUCCGGCGGAUGAGGCGACGAUUUCUGCUGUCGACGGGAUCUUCACGCGCGUCGGCGCCUCGGAUCAGCAAUCUCGCGGGAUUUCCACCUUCAUGGCUGAAAUGCUCGAUUGCUCCAGCAUGCUAAAGGUUUUCAGGACCAGAGAAACAGGAAGGGAAUGUAGGAAACCCUCAGCAAGCCACGAAAGAUUCUCUUCUCGUCGUGGACGAACUCGGCCGUGGAACUUCGACUUUUGACGGAUUCGGACUGGCCUACGCUAUCGCCGAGUUUUCUGAAAUUCCCAGAACUUUUUCCAAAUGAUAGGCCGUUUCCAGAGAAAUCCUGAACAAAAUCCGGUGCUCCUGUGUUUUCGCCACACAUUUUCAUGAAAUGGCCGAGCUUGCGGAACAGGAAGGCGCCGUCGCGAUGCAGGUCGAAACAUGAGAAUAAUUGGAACAAUUUUUAAUUUUGAGCCGAUUUGGAUAUCGUUAUUGAUCUAAACAAAAAAAAAAAGCAAAACUGCGAAAUUCCAAGUUGUUUUGUCCCUUUCUUAAAACUUAAUUGAGAAAAAUAGUUUUAUUGAUUCAUUUCGUUCUUAAUGAUCUGAUGACCAUUUAAUAAACCUUCAUUAAUAAUAAUCUCAUAACAGUGCUUCUUUUCCAAAAGACUGUUUUAAGCGUACAAAAUGAAUUUCUAUUGCAAUGUUAAAGCUUUAUCAGGUCCGUCCAGGGAUCGAACUUUUUGAAAAAAAAAUCUAUCUUAGUACCUAUCAAAGUGAGGAUAAAAAUCCUGAAGCUUCAGAUAUUAUUCAAAAACUAUUUCCCUAGGUCUGAGCCUAGUUUAAUCCUGUUGAUUGAGACAAGUUGAUUCAUUCAUAUUCACUUUCGAGUGGACCUUCUCUCUUUGACAGUUCUCAAGACCUCUUCGAAUUUAAUGAACGGGAAUGUUCCAGAUGGGCGUGACGAUGGAGAACAACCAGAUCACGAUGCUCUAUCAAGUCCGCCCAGGGAUCGCCCAGAGUUCCUUCGGGCUCCAAGUUGCUCGGGCCGUUCAUCUCGAAGAGAAUGUUGUUGCGGUUUCUACUAGCCUCAUAAAAAUCGAAUUUUUUUCUUUUUCCAGAAAGCCGAAGAAAUAUUGGCUGAAAUGGAAAACCGAACCGACGAGGAAUUCCUCGAGAAACUGAAAAAUGCGGACGACAACGAUCUCCGUCGCUUGAUCCUUCUCAAGGCCGAAAAAACACACUAA